CUUUGUUCCGGGAAACAGCGUGUGUGCAGCGUUACAAACCUCCGGGACCGCUUUACUGCCAAAAUAUUAAUAUUUAGUAACGUCUGCUGUCGGCCUCGCGAUGGUGAAACUAUCUGCGGAGCUAAUUGAGCAGGCAGCUCAGUAUACGAACCCUGUGAGAGACAGAGAGCUGGAUUUAAGAGGUUAUAAAAUCCCAGUGCUGGAAAACCUCGGAGCGACUCUGGACCAGUUUGACACCAUCGACUUCUCUGAUAAUGAAGUCCGAAAACUGGACGGCUUCCCUCUGCUCAAAAGACUGAAAACAUUACUAAUGAACAACAACAGGAUUUGUCGUAUAGGUGAGAAUCUGGAGCACUCUCUGCCGGGUCUGACAGAACUGGUUCUCACAAACAACAACAUUCAGGAGCUGGGUGACUUGGACCCUCUGGCCUCAGUGAAGACCUUGAACCUUCUCAGCUUGUUAAGGAAUCCAGUGACAAACAAGAAGCAUUACAGGCUCUACGUCAUCAACAAAAUCCCACAGAUCCGUGUGCUUGACUUCCAGAAGGUAAAGCUCAAGGAACGCCAGGAGGCAGAGAAAAUGUUCAAAGGCAAACGAGGUGCUCAGCUUGCAAAGGAUAUUGCCAGGCGAACGAAAACGUUCACUCCGGGAGCGGCAGCACAGCUUGAGAAGAAGAGGACGGGGCCGUCUCAGGCUGACGUGGAAGCCAUCAAGAAUGCCAUCGCUAACGCCUCAUCGCUGGCAGAGGUGGAGCGGUUGAAGGGAAUGCUGCAGGCUGGUCAGAUCCCAGGGCGAGAGCUGAGACAAGGUGCAGCUGGGAUGGUGGAGGAAGAGGAGGAAGAGGAGGAGGGUGAGGCUGCACAGAUGCCGAUGGGGUCACAUAUGGGUGGAGCUUCUGGAGAGGAAAUGAUUGAGGGUGAACAAGAGGAGGACGAAGAAGACAUGGAGGAAGAGCCUCCUGUGAAUGGCUCCUGAGAACCUGGAUGAAUUUUUGUUUUGUUUUUUUUUUUUUAUUUCUGUGUUGUAAUUUCUUGCGUUGGCUGUCCGUCUAGCAGGACUUUUUUAUUUUGUAAAAUGACAUUCAUUAAACUGAAUUCUUAUACCGCCGUGUGUGAGGCCAGUUUCUUUAAGCAGUCAGCUGACGGUCUGAGCUGAAUGUGGAGCAGCUAUAGAGUCUGUUAAUGUCCUGUAACUUGAGAUUUUAAGUUUCAGAAUUUUCAUAAAAAUAUAUUCUGGUUGGUCAAAUUCAGAUCCAGAAAUUCAAGUCAAAAAAUUUCAAAUGGUAACAUCCAUCCUACCCAGACAGGAAAUGCUGUCAGGACUGACUGCAUUCAAACUGACUCAAGGCAUGGUCUGUCAGUCAUAUGAUCCAAGAACGCCACUUGGAAAUUGAAACCCAAAAAUGGCAACUGGGGAGAACGACAGGGCUCCAGUGAGUCGUCCAGUUUGUGCUGUGCCUGAUGGGUUAUUUGAAAUACUCGACUAGAAUUUUUUUGAUCUGAAAUUUGAGCAACUGUCUAUUUUUUUUAUUUAAUUGUGACUCUUUAAUUUUUAAUAUACUAAUUUGUUAACAUUGAAAAAAAAGAUCAACUUUUGAAAUUCAAAAUCAAGAAAUUUUGUUUUUAACUUUCA